AUGCUUUAUGAAAUCGAUAGAUCUUUAACCACACUUUUACAUGAUAUUGUAUAUUUUGUUGCGGAGCUCGAGAAUGAACAGAAUAAAGGUGAGGCUUUAGAGCUCAUGGUGACGAAUCCAAAUAGAGACAGACAAAAACUUUUGAGGGAACAGGCAAUUCUAAAACAGCUAUUCAAAAUCUUACAAGGCCCAUUCUUAGACAAUGGAACUGAUGGACCAUUUUUGAAGAUUGAAGAACUCAGUGAUCCGCGACAUGCUCAUUAUAAACAUAUAUUUAGGCUUUGUUAUCGAAUUUUGAGAUUGAGUCAGCAAGAUUAUAGAAAGAAUCAAGAAUAUAUAGCCAAGCAUUUUGGAUUUAUGCAGAAACAAAUUGGCUAUGACAUCUUGGCAGAAGAUACAAUUACGGCUCUCCUGCACAAUAAUAGAAAAUUACUGGAAAAACACAUAACUCCUGCAGAAAUCGAAACAUUUGUAGGAUUAGUGAGAAAGAACAUGAGUAACUGGGAAUCACGUUUCUUGGACUAUCUCUCAGAUUUAUGUAUUUCAAAUAAAAAGGCUAUACCCGUGACUCAGGAGUUAAUUUGUAAAAGUGUACUCAGCCAGAAAAAUUCGGACAUUCUUAUUGAAACAAGAAUGAUGAAAACUCAACUAGAAUUACAAGAAAUUAAUGAUGAAGGACAACUUGAGAGUGAAGAAGCGGAACCAAUAAUUACUUUUGUUGAAGAUUGUCAAAUCGUACUUCUUUACUAUAACCGACAGAAAUCAAAAAUGUUGACGGAUCUUUGUCGAAAUGCUAAAAUGGAUUGUAAGGAAGAUCAAGCUAUAUUAGAUUAUUAUAGUCAUCAGCUUGACUUGUUUUCGAAUAUGUGUUUAAACAGACAGUAUUUAGCACUCAAUAAUCUGUCACCUCAUCUUGAUAUUGAAUUAAUACUCAAAUGUAUGGCUAACGAAAAUGUUAAUUUUGAACUUAGAGCAUCGUUUUGCAGGCUAAUGUUACAUUUACAUGUAGAUAGAGACCCCCAAGAAGCCGUUACACCUGUUAAAUAUGCAAGGUUAUGGUCUGAGAUUCCUCCAGAGAUGUCUAUAUCAGA